AUGACACGUGCAACUCGGCAAACAGAAAAGGAGAAGGAGCAGGCAAAACGACGCACGACACGGAGGAUGUCGCUUCAGACCGACCAAGAGGGUGGGGCCAGAUCUAGGGCUACUAAAGCGACCGACACGCAAACCAAUCAAAGGAAACGUGUGGCGGGAAAAAAGGCCGAGGUGGGAAAGAAGAAGUCCGGGAAGAAGGCAGAGGACAAGGGGAAGCAACCAACGGCACGCAAGCGUGUUUCGGCCGUGAAGAGCGAUGCGGGUGUUGCCACUGCUGCCCUCGAGCCCGGUCCUUCUGACGACGGCACCAUCGGCGGGAACGAAGACCCUGGGCGUGGCGGCGUGAGUGUUGCCGUCCGGCCGGGGGACAGAGAGGGCUUGGCGACUGGAGGAAAGCACGGCGACUCUCCCCGCAACGACCAGGCCGCAACUGUGGUGUCCGUGGCAGAGGCAUCACAGCAGCAUAUGACGCUGCUCCCCCCGCACGUGGUCGAAGUAUCUGCUGCAGUGAUAGAAAAGGACAAGGAUGCUGCGCACGAUUGCACGGAGGAGCCGAAACACGACAUUGCCGACGUCGGUGGAUCUCCUCCCUCUGGGGGACGCGGGAGGCGUAGGCAGAGGAAGAGCGAUGGGGAGGAGGAGUAUGACACCCCCGUGGCCGAGGACAUCCCCAUACGCGCAAAGAGGAGGCAGACGACAGCCAGCGGUGACGACGCCGGUGGUGCUGAACAAGCUUCGAGGGGAAAGAGGCCGAAGCGCGGCAAAGAAGGCCCUGGUGAAGCGGAUGAGGAGGACGAGGGGGAUGGGGAGGAGGAGGCUGAGGAGGAUGCGGAGGAGGAGGACGAGGAUGCAGGGGAGGAAGAAAAGGACGAGGAUGAGCAGGACGACGAUGAUGAUGAUGAGGAGGAGGAGGAGGAGGAGGAGGAGGAGGAGGAGGAGGAGGAGGAGGAGGAGGAGGAGGAGGAGGAUGAUGGCGACGAGGAGGAGGAGGAGGACGACGAGGAGGAGGAUGAGGACGAGGAGGAGGACGAGGAGGGGGACGAUGAUGAUGAGGAGGAAAAGAAUGAGGAGGAGGAGGAUGAGGAGGAGGAGGAGGAGGAGGAGGAGGAGGAGGAGGAGGAGGAGGAGGAUGAGGAGGAGGAGGAGGAGGAGGACGACGUGGAGGAAGAGGAGGUGGAGGAAGGGGCGGAUGAGGAAGAGGAGGAGGAUGUGCCGGCAAGGAAAGGACGGGGCGCGCGAGGCAGACGGGAAAGUGGCACAGGGAAGGUGGGGGGCCGGUCUGACCCUAACAACACCGUGUUCCACCCUUGUUUCCCCGCCGCAGGGAAGGAGAAGGUUGACGAAUCGGCUAAACCGGGCAUUGGGCCACCGGUAAGCGUGCAACGGAUGCAGCUAACGAAAGGGGCCGGAAGAGCGAGUGUGGCACCGCUAUCCACAGGAGCACCAAGGUUCUUCACGCCAUACUCCGGCCCGAGCAAAGUCGCUGCGACUGCACCCGGCGCGGCUACAGGAGAGGAAUCCGAAUCCCCUCCACCAGCCCCCGUCACGCACUCCCCACUCGCCUCUCCCUCUUACCCAUUUCGGCCACUACACGCUUCUCCAUUCCGGGGCAGGGCGGUCUCCCCCCUCGCUGGUCCAUCGCGCGGGCAUCAACCAAGCACUUCUGCCAAUCCCUUCCCUGAGCUUCCCUUUUCCCGCCAGCGUGAUAGUGUGAGGGCACACGGGACUGCUGUUGGAGACGUUGAUCCCUUUGGCCAGAGAGGGGUUUCUUCACACCCUUUUCCGGAUGUCAUGGAUGCGCUGGGCGAAGGUGCAGAGCAUGGGCAGUUUGUUACACGAGACGAGUUCCAGCAGCUACGGUCUGAGAUGUACGCCAUGUUUGCUCAGCUCGGCCUGCGUCGUGGAGCAACUGCCAGCUAUGCCGGGGGGACUGCAGUGGUGCCUAUGGCUGGUACCCCGCCGCCGAUGAGUGCCGUGGACAGGGCACGUGUGCUUGUGCUGCAGGAGACAAACCCAUUCCCGGUAUGUGGCGGGUUGGGGUUGACGUGGCAACCAGGGAAGGGUUGGGGAUGA